GUAGGAAGAAAGAAAGGUGGCGAGUCCGGUAAAUUAUAAAAGGAGUCCAGCGUGCCCGCGAAAGAGGCAGUCGCUUCCUACUCGCUACGAAGUUCCUUCGAAGUCAAAGUGCGCGUUACGAGCCUGACAGCUAAUCGUCCAACUCCAAGCGCCGAUAUUCCAAAAGCACCGUCAAACUCCGGAACAAUGGUGGUCGUCGAGUGGGUAACCCCUGAGGAUGAGUACGUUUGCACCCUGUCUAGGGAAACGCAGGAGGUCGCGAAGCAGGAACUUCGGGAAGACAAGAACUCCAGGGACCAGGCACUGAGGCAGAUCAGAGAAUGGAUCAAGCUCAAUCCCAGGAUCGAGAACUGUCGUCUUGAUAGUCAGUUUCUCUUGAAGUUCCUGAGGUGCAAAAAGUACAGCGUUCCCAUGGCCCAGGAGGCCAUUGAACGAUACCUGUUGCUCAGACAAGUUUACCACCCGGCUUUCAACAAUCUGGACAUCAUUGAUCCAGUCCUCGAGGAUCUCUUGGCGCUUGGGUACCUCUUUGCGGUUCCCGGUCGCGACAGGAAGGGACGUCGAGUGAUCGUCGCGAGACCAGGGGUUUUCGACCCGUAUAAAUACAACAACGCUGACAUGUGCCGCAUCCACGCGAUAACUUACGAGGCGCUAAUGGAGGACGAGGAAAGCCAGGUGCGAGGCUUUGUGCAUUUUGCCGAUGGUGCCGGGGUCAGCUUUCCACACUUGACUCUGUUCACCCCCAAGGAAGCAGUCCGCAUAGUUAAGAACGGCGAGCGUACGAUUCCGAUGCGGCACAAGGAGAUAAAUGCCAUCAACAUCCAUUCAUCCGUCAAGUUCGCUCUGGACUUUGGAAUGUCGCUGAUAUCGGAGAAGAUCAAGAAGCGUGUCAACAUCUACACCAGCCUUAAUGAUGCUUCGAACAAAAAGAUGGACACGAGUAUCCUCCCGAAGGAGUACGGUGGCACCAUGCCCAUGAAGGAGAUGAUCGACCUAUGGAGGAAGGAGCUCGUUGCCCUUCGACCCACACUCCUGAGUCACGACAAGAUGAGGGUCCGUCUGGAAAUGUUUUCCGAGAAGGCAAGGGAAGGUGCAGUGUCGGCCCUGAAGCAGGGCUUCGGUUGUGCCGCAGUUGGUUCUGGCGACUCGAUACAAGGGAUAACGGGGUCGUUCCGUAAGCUUGAAGUAGACUAGGGAAGGUACAAUGUUGUUAGACUUACAUCACACGAGUUAUUAUCAUAUUUUUUAAGUUUGUUGUUUUUCACGGAUCACAAUUGUAUAUCAUUUUUAUUGUACCUUAUAACAUUAUAUGAGAUAGGAGGACAUGCCUUAGCUUCGCCGCGUCGGGUCGACGCCAAAAAUUGCUGCACAUAAUAGUAAAUAUAGUACGGGAGGAGUUCGCUCACUGACGUAAAGAAAAGCAAAAGAAAGCCACGGUUUUCAUAAAAUCAAAAGAUACACUCACGCUGUAGCACCGUAACAUCUUAGACGCUAACAAUUGAUUUUUCAUACAUCAUGACGAAGAACUAACGAGUAAAAUCGUUACUUUUUCGUUAGUUGGAUUCACGAGUAGGGAAGGGCCAAAUAGAUCCUCGGAACAUUGCAUCGGUCGGUAAAUUGGGAACGAACUUGACACUGUUGUGUUAUAAGAUGGUAAUUACAGGUAUGUUUAUAACGUUGGCGUGAUAGCAGUAGUGUUACGUACGUUCUUUUGGCUCUAGAUAUCAUCGUUCUACCGUGGAAUUAUAAUUAAUGCUUAUCGCAGCACACCGGACAAGCAUUUGUACAGAAGUCUCGCUCCGUGAAGCGCGGUAAAAUUAGGCUUAGAAUUUAAUACAACGACUUAAUGUGUUUUUACAUAUGUUUUUAGAUUUAAUAAAAGAUUUUUUUCUUCCAA